AUGGCUCCUCCGGUGCCUCUCGGCACGAGGACCGGGAGGGGGCUGUACCACUGCGACUACUGCCACAAGGACCUGUCCAAUGCCCUGCACAUCCGCUGCGCCGUCUGCCCAGACUUCGACCUCUGCCUGGACUGCUUCUCGGUGGGGGCGGCCAUCACGCCGCACAGCAGCGACCACGCCUACAAAGUGGUCGGCAACCUGUCCUUCCCCAUCUACCACCCGGAAUGGGGGGCGGAUGAGGAGAUACUCCUGGUGGAGGGGGUGGAGCUGUAUGGCCUGGGGAACUGGGAGGCAGUGGGAGAGCACGUGGGGCGCGACCCCGGCGAGGCCCGUGCCCAUUACAUGUCGGUCUACGUGGAGACCGCCUGCUUCCCCGACCCGCAGCCCUCGCCCGCCAUGGCGGGUGUUGACAUCCAGGCCUUGAUCGACGCCCACCGCAGCACCACCCUAAACAAGAUGGCCUCCGCCCGCAUCGCCCUGGCCAGCCCGGCGGCCACGCCCAGGGUCAAGUCGGAGAGCACGCCCGGCGCGGCCGCCUGGGACGCCGCCAACGGCGGUGCGAUGGGGCCAGGCCACAGCCCGCAGCGCGCGGCCGACAGCCGCGCGCCCUCCAGCGCGGAGCGGGCCCCGCUGGAAAGCGUGCGCAAGCUGGAGCCGGAGGCGAACAUCCUCCAGGACCCACUGGGGGCUGGUGUGGCUGGGACCCCGGCGGCAGCCUCGCCUGCUGAGAUCGGGGCCAAGGUAGCGCUGGCGGAGGCUCAGCAGACGGGGUACAACCUGAAGCGAAACGAGUUUGAGCAGGAGUACGACCACGAGGCGGAGUGCAUCAUCUCCGAGAUGGAGUUCAGGGAGGAGGACUCGGAGGAGGUGGUGGCGCAGAAGCUGGAGCUGAUUGCCAUCUACAACCGGCGGCUGGACGAGCGUGACCAGCGCCGGGCCUUCAUCCUGGACCGGGGCCUGCUCAACGUCAAGCGCCAGGCGGCCAUGGAUCGGCGGCGUAGCGCCGCAGAGCGCGCCAUGGCCGGCCAGCUACGUGCCUUUGCACGGUACCUGCCCCAGGCGCAGUACGAGGCGCUGGCCGACGGCAUGCUGGCUGAGGCGCGGCUCUGUGCCAGGAUCGCGGAGCUGCAGGAGUACAGGGCGCUGGGCUUGCGCACCUUUGAGGAGGUGGAUGAGCUGGAGGCCAGCGGGGAUCGACCCCGGAGAAAAGAAAACGCGCCGCCCAGCCAGGCGGCACGCAUGCGGCUCAACCGGGUUCCCAUCGACGAGGCAAGGCUGCAGGAGCACCUGCUCUCCGGCCUGGGCUUUGCACACGCCGCCAUGUCCCUGCACCAGAAGCGCACGACUGUGGAGGAGGGGCGAGGGACGUCGGGCCUAGCGGCGUGGCGUGGAAAGCGCGGAACGCUGCUGGACAUCACAGCGCUGCCGGACGCCGAAGUGCUGCUGCAGCAGGAGCGCCACCUCUGCGCUUCGGAGCGGUACCUGCCGGCGCAGUACCUCGCCAUCAAGGCUGCCGUCCUGGAGGUCCAAGAAAGGCGUGGUGUUGUAACCCCGGGGGACGUCACCGCGCUCCCCUUCAAGGUGGAUGUGCAGCGCAUGCUACGCCUAUACGAUUUCUUCAGCGGGCAGGCUCGCAAACUGGUCGGCGCCAAGGGCUUUCAGCGUCACAACCCGCUGACCGACAAGUUCCCCAUCCACCGCUUCCACCACUUUGAGUUCUACUGCGGGGAUGCGACAAACACCAGCCGCAGGUUUGGCCUGGGCCUGGGGCUGUCCCAGGUAGCCAAGUCUGACCAGGGCACAGGGAACCAGAAGUUUGCCAGCUAUGUCAUGCGCUCCAACCAGCUCAUCUUCACCUUCACUGCGCCCUACAACGGCGCGGGGGGCGAGGCCUCCGGCCCGGACGCCGGCUCCCCGGUCCCCUGGUACGACGUCGACGCCGCGCACACCUUCAACAGGAACCACGGCCUGGGCGUCCGCGCAGUGGGCAUCGUGGUGGAGGACGCGGCGGAGGCCUUCCGCAUCUCCACCGCCAAUGGCGGCAUCCCCGUGCAGCCCCCUACGCGGCUGGCCGACGCGCGCGGGUCGCUGACGGUGUCGGAAAUCGUGCUGUACGGCGACGUGGUCCUGCGCUUCCUGUCCGGCGACUACUCCGGCUCCUACCUGCCGGGGUACGAGGAAGAGGCGCGCCCCAGCCCCCGCUGCUUCGGCAUCCGACGCGCCGACCAUGCGGUGGGCAACGUGCCCGACCUGGGCGCGCAGGUGGACUACCUGACGCGCGCGCUGGGCCUGCACGACUUCGCCGAGUUCACGGCGGAGGACGUGGGCACGAUCGACUCAGGCCUGAACUCCAUGGUGCUGGCCAGCAACAACGAGAUGGUGCUGCUGCCCGUGAACGAGCCGACGCGGGGCACGCGGCGCAAGUCCCAGAUCCAGACCUUCCUGGAGCAGAACGGCGGCCCCGGGCUGCAGCACCUGGCGCUGAAGACGGACGACGUGUUUGCCACGCUGCGCGCCAUGCGCGCUGUGGGCGACGCGGGCGGGUUCGAGUUCAUGCCCCGCCCGUCCGACGCCUACUACCGCGACCUGCCGUCUAAGGUGGGCGACGCGCUCACCCCCGAGCAGCUGUCCGAGGCCGAGGAGCUGGGCCUGCUGGUGGACCGCGACGACCAGGGCGUGCUGCUCCAGAUCUUCACCAAGCCGCUGGGCGACCGGCCCACCGUGUUUGUGGAGAUCAUCCAGCGCCUGUGCCACAUCCAGCCCAGCGAGGAGACGCUGCGCGCCGCGCGCGCCACCGCGCAGGCCUGCCCCCUGGCCGCCAACCCGGACGAGGUGGGCGGCUGCGGCGGAUUCGGCAAGGGCAAUUUCUCGGAGCUGUUCAAGAGCAUCGAGGUGUAUGAGACCGACCUGGGCAUCAACUGA